AUGGGUGCUACCCGUGAUGUUGUUGUACCCACACGCCGGACAGUUAACCGAAUUAACAAGCUCGAUGAACAUGAUGGCCGCCAUGUUGGAAAACUUUCGUCGUAUGCGACUGUAUGCUGGAUCCUAGAUGGUCAAAAAGCCGCUGUCAAGGGAAUCGAGGGCUUUGGCUUACGCAAGAUUUCUGUACCAGAAGGAUCUAGGUCAGAAGGUAAGCUCAGGCGCUUGAAGGAGAUCUUGAACCAUGAGCUCUUUGAAAGGGAUUAUCAUCAGUGA